UCCUCUCUUCGUUUUCUAUUGAGCUUGCAAGGCAAAGGGAAAAAAUGUUCUAGAAACUAUCAAGAAUAUAUAUAGCAAAAAUAUCUUGUGAAUGAAUGACUGGCACUGAUUUGGGGAAGGAAAACGAAUUUAAGGAGCCUGUCGGUCAGACUGAAGAAGGAUAUACAGAAUGACCAAAUCGUACAGUGAGACCGGGCUGAUGGGGGAGCCCCAGCCGCAAGGUCCCCCUAGCUGGACUGACGACUGCCUCAGCUCCCAAGACGAGGAGCACGAGGCCGACAAGAAAGAGGAAGAUCUGGAAGCUAUGCAUGCCGAGGCUGAGGUGGACUCGCUGAGAAACGGCGAGGAAGAGGAGGAAGACGAUGACCUAGAGGAAGAGGAGGAGGAGGAGGAAGAAGAGGAGGAGGAAGAGGAGGAAGACGACGAUCAAAAGCCCAAGAGGCGAGGUCCGAAGAAGAAGAAGAUGACCAAAGCACGGCUGGAGAGGUUCAAGCUGAGGCGCAUGAAGGCGAACGCCCGAGAGCGGAACCGCAUGCACGGGCUCAACGCGGCCCUGGACAACCUGCGCAAGGUGGUGCCCUGCUACUCGAAGACGCAGAAGCUGUCCAAGAUCGAGACGCUGCGCCUGGCCAAGAACUACAUUUGGGCCCUCUCCGAGAUCCUGCGCUCGGGCAAGAGCCCGGAUCUGGUCUCCUUCGUGCAGACCCUCUGCAAAGGCUUGUCGCAGCCCACCACCAACCUGGUGGCCGGCUGCCUGCAGCUCAACCCGCGGACUUUCCUGCCGGAGCAGAGCCAGGACAUGCCGCCCCACAUGCAGCCCGCCAGUGCUUCCUUCCCGGGGCAUCCCAUUCCCUACCCCUACCAGUCGCCUGGGCUUCCCAGUCCGCCGUACGGCACCAUGGACAGCUCCCACCUCUUCCACGUCAAGGCGCCGCACUCCUACGGGGCUGCCCUGGAGCCUUUCUUCGAGAGCGCCCUGGCCGACUGCACCAGCCCUUCCUUCGACGGGCCCCUGAGCCCGCCGCUCAGCAUCAACGGGAACUUCUCUUUCAAACACGAACCUUCCAACGAGUUUGAGAAAAACUAUGCCUUUACCAUGCACUAUCCCGCGGCUAGCCUGGCGGGGCCCGCCGGCCAUGCCUCCAUCUUCUCGUGCACCGCCUCGCGCUGCGAGAUCCCCAUCGACAACCUCAUGCCCUACGAGAGUCAUUCCCAUCACGAGCGUGUCAUGAGUGCCCAACUCAAUGCCAUAUUUCACGAUUAAGCCCUUCGAGAUGCAUCAGCGUCAAAGUGCAGAGGAUGGAAAUGAAUCGACCGGGCGUCCAAGGCACUCCCUCGCCCCCACCUUUCUGGGCGCCAGGGAUGCCAAGCGCGAGAGAAAGACACACCCCCCCCCCAGACACCAACUUCCAGACGUCAGAUUCAUCUGUGUGUAUGAUCGUUAACUGCCUUCAGGAGCAAUGGGGAUACUAUACUUUCCUAUGUUCCCCCUCCUGUAACUCCCCUCCCCACAGUCUAAAUCUACACCGGCAGCAAUUUGGUGUAGAAGGGAUUCAGCUGUCUGUCCAUUGAUCUGAUCGGGAUAACAGAAUCACAAGCAAUAAUUAGGAACUAUGCAAUUUUUCUUUCUUUUUGAAACUAGUCCUGGGCCAGUUACAAAUAAAUAAAUAAAUAAAAAUUAAAAGUAUAUUUAAAAUGUCUAUUUUUCAAUCAACAUUUUUCCUACUUGUUACCUUUCCCAUGCUGAAUUAUUUUGUUGUGAUUUUGUACAGAAUUUUUAAUAACUUUUGAUAAACUAUUUUAACCAUGCAGCUUCAUCAAUUUUUAUACGUAUUGGAAGCAAAGUAGAAUUAUAUCUAAUUUAUACAAAAAUAAUUUAAGUCGUUUAAACCAGCAGAAAAGUGCUUAGAAGAAGAAGUUAUUCUGUUGCCUUAGCACCUCCCUCUCCCAAUUUCCUUUCAAAUCCUUCACACACAAAAUGCAUAGAGCCAAUGGUAAUACAUUUCCCAUGAAACUUGCCUACAGCAAGAACCAGAUCCUUACUUUUUUUGUUGAAAAGAUGGAAGAAAGAAUAGAAUAAUUUUCUGUUGAAACAUAUCAUUUUUAUAGACAUCUUGCAAAACUUUAUGUAUAUAUUUAUUCAUACAUGCUCUAUAUACAUCCAAAUGCCAACUCCCCCUUUUUUCAAAUUAAAAGCUGCUUGACUAUCACAUACAAUUUGCACUGUUUCUUUUUAGUAUUUGGAUCCCCUUCACAUGGCUUUGAAGAGAACAGAGAUAAUGUGAAGACAUCUAUGUUUCCUGACAAUGUUAAAUGCAUGAUUUUUUAUAAUAGUCAUAUGAAUUGGUGGUUUGUCAUAUUUCCGUCCAGGAGCAGAAAAUGAAUCAGGUUCAUGAUGGUCGGAUUAUAUAAUAUACCGAUUGUAGUCAGUAGUUUAAAACCGAUUUCAAACCAUUUUGACUUCGUAAUUAGAACAAUAUAGUUAUGCAUGUACAAUGCAAUCCAGAAUAAGUGCUGUCUGAAAUGUAAUGCUGGUUCAACUGAAAUCAAUCUGUACUGUAAUUUUGUUCGUAAUCCUGUACAUGACGAUGUAAUGCACAUUUGGGAUUUUAGCAAGCACACAUUUUGCAACAAGAUAGUAAAGAGCCAUUGGUCAAAUGUUGCAUUACUCCUUAAUGUGUGUUCCCCCCCCUCCUUUAGUUGUAAGCAAUUCCUAUGGGAUUAUUGUAAUAGUUCCUAAAAGGUGCAACUUUUACUAUUUGUACAAUAAAUUGAAAUUA